AUGGGUCUCUCACUAGCUCUUACGACAUGGGCAUCACUUCUAGCCGUUGCCAGUGCGCAAUUUAAAUGCAGCUUGCCCGCAGGUGAUAUCUGCGCCUACGAGAACGCCACCACCUACGCGGCAGACAAUGCGCCCAAUUGCACCACUAGUGGGCUGCAGGCCUUUGUAAACAAUCUUCCAGGGCUCAAUGGAGCGACAUUGAGUGUUCCGUACGCUUUUUACGUUGACAGCAAUGAAACUCUGGAUGAGUUCACUGACUAUAUUGGCGCUUCGACGUUUACCACCGAUAUUCCACCUGUAUGUGCGUUCCGAGUCAAUGGAACCAAUGAACAGGGCGCGACCUGGGGCUUGGGAGCACUUCUUCUUACCCACUUCAACGGCAGUAUCAUGUAUGUGUAA